AGAGUGAAGGCCACGGCGGUGGAUAACACCUCCAGGCUUCACGCAGGAGCUGACAGGAGAGGAGGUGCCGUGCAGGCUGGGCGGGGCGGGCGCGACAGUAGUCUGUAGCAAUGUGUGGCGCAGGCAGGUAGCACGGCUCCCUGCUCUCCCUUCCUCCCUCCCUUUUGAACUUGCUCCUUCCCUCCAUUUUUGUUAACCUCCUCCCUCUUCCCUUUUCCUUCUUUUUCUCCUCUUCUCUUUCCCUCCUCCUCCUUCCUUUCUUUCCCUCCUGCCUCACCCUACGAAAACGUGUACCGUGCUGCUCAGAGACUGCCUGAGAGUGCUCCCUGGGGGUCGUGCUCCUCCCUGCCCUGUGUCCGAACAGGCAGAUUAUAGCAGCCUCUCGUCGCCCCUCGUGACGUCAGUUCUGCUAGAGGAGGAAGAGGUAACCUCCGCUGGCCUUCCCGCGAGAAGGCCUGAGGAAGGGGAAGCCUUGCCUGUCCCGCCCUGUGACUGUUGGUCCUAAAGAGUCAUAAAGCUUGAAAAGAUUGUUUUUGCGUAUGUGCGAACGCUUUUCCCACAGGAAAGGGCACUGGUUAACAAGCAAAACAAGGAAAAGACAAAUUAAAAGUGUUACCAAAUCUAGGAAAAAAGUGCUCCUGGCUUGCGUCACAGUACCGUUCCUGCGGGGAGUGUCGACAUGAGGGGCGGAAGACGCCUCACUUUCCGUAUGCGUCACUCCUGACUGUGUAGAUGAAACUCAAAGCGAAAAUAAAAGCACUUUUAUUAGCCCGCAGUGGCCUUAUAAUACACGAGGACGCGUCCUACACCCCCAGCACCACAACUACCUUCACCACCACCGUCACCACCACCACCACCACCGCCGUCACCGCAACUACGUCCAUCACCACCACCGGCACCUGCGUAGCCCCUAUCACCACAGUCGCUUCACCUGUCCCGCUCAACACACCUGCCACCAAAAUGCCGCGUGACUAUCCAUCUGCAAGCAAGUCCAUGAUGAACCUCAGCUUAUCCAGUGAGGUUGAAGAGCAACCGAAGGGCUUGCACAAAUAUCGCUCCGUGUGGGAUGUCGCCUCCAUGGAUGGAAUUCGGCGGAAGAUUCUCCGCUCACGCUCCCCGAAUGACCCGGGGCGCUCCAAGGAAAAGCGUCAGAAGAGGCACUCCUACGUCCAGCCCACAAAGGAUGCGAAAAAAGACUCUGAUGAAAAGUAUCGGCCUGUGAGUUCCACCAUCUCAGGGUACAGGCAGUCCUUGUCCUCUGGCAGCUCCUCCGUCUCCAGCACCCUCACGCCCGACCUCCCGUCCUCCGCGGCGGCACCCACAGAAACAGAGACGGACGUGUUCACGAGUGACGGGGGCAUGAAAGAGGCACGGUCCAUGAUGGUCCUCUCGCGCCCCAACGGCUCCAGCAACUCUUCCGAAGAGGACGUCAAAGUGGCUCGUAAAAGAUCAGUUGUUUCACAUGCCCUGAAGAGCCUGAGCCGUAGCACCCCGGCCAUGUCCCCCUCGGCGUCGCCAAGACACAGCGACAGCGAGGGGCAGCUGAGGGUGUCCAAGGGUACCAAAAAGUUCAUGAGACACUUCGCCGAGGCUCCGCCCAGCGAGUGGGUCCUGAACUACUUUUCCUGUGCCCUGGUGUCGGACAUUUUGCUCCAGGGAACUCUGUACAUCACUCAAAACUACUUCGCCUUCUAUUCCAAGAUCUUUGGGCACGUCAGUCGGUUGCUGAUACCUGUAACACAAGUGGCCAGCUUACAAAAAGAGCGGACUGCCAAGAUCAUCCCCAAUGCUGUAGGUCUGCAAAUGGUGGAUGGCAAAAACUAUGUAUUUGGGUCACUUUUAUCAAGAGAUUCCACCUACAAGCUCAUGCUUCACAUCUGGAGGAAGGCACAAAGGAUGGCUGACAGCGACAGUGAGCUACCAUCCGGCGUACAAGUGGCUGUAGAUGAUGACGGCGAAGAUUCUGCAUCUGGGAGUGCAAACAGUCUCAUCAUGGAGGAUCAGACAGAUGGUAGCUACAUGGUGUCCACAACCAUCAACAGUGUGGGCAGCAUUCCGUCCCCAAUCACCACCUCGCCCUGGAUACCAGACCAAGUUACUGCCACUACAAACACCACCACUGCCACAAAUAUUCUAGCCAACACUGACAACAUCCCUUCAACACCUAAUAGCAGCAUUCCAGUGAAUAGUUCAAAUAGUGCCUCAGACUCUGUUUUGGUGCUGGGAGGUGUGUUGACUGGAAAAGCAGGUGCUCAGGAGGAGACGAACAGCACCACCUCAGCUGCUGCCACCAAUGCCGCUGACAGCAAAACCAGCAGCACCAGCAUUGUAGAGUGGUUCACCCAGAGAUCCCUAGUAAAAACAUGCUUUAAGAUGGGAAGUGUCCCGCUGAAGCUGGUUGGAGAGGGAGUGAAGGAGCUGUGGUCACUUCCAAGGACAUCUCUGCUUCUACUUAUCUCAACACUGCUGCUGCUCAUGCUCUUUGCCUCUGCUGCAUUCAUGCUCCACCGUGUGGAUCUGCUGAGUCAGCAAAUUGGCCUUGAAAAAUAUGCUGAAUAUGACAGCAUGUACGAGGAGGUGCUACAGAUGCAGCAGCGGCUCCACUCUGCUGCAUCAACAGAGAUAGAGAAGACCCUCAGCAUCCAGCUCAAGCACAUAGCUACGGUGCGACAGUCUUUAGAAGCCCUGAUGGUGUUAUUCAACAAGGACUUCCCUUUAGAAACGGCACAGAUUCCAGACAACACGUAGCAGUAGCUGCAACAAACUACUAUUUAUGUAUCUCCUGUAUGUAUUACCCUGACAUCUAUAUAGUUAAACAUCCUUUGGGGAUGAAGGGCUUAAGACCCAAUUCUGGAAGCAUAAAAGGUUGUUAUAAUCAGGUAAUGCAAACUACGGCCACAUAGCACUGGCCAGAGGGACACACUAUCUAUAAAGUGAGUGAUUGUUGAUGGUCAAAGAUUAGUACCUCUGGUCCAGGGUCAGAGGUUUGUGAAUAUAAGAGGAUUUGUUUUAGAAUUCCCUGUUCCUGAUGUAGUAAGGAAAUUUAUAUUUUGUUAUACAAUAAUACCUUAUUGUUUAUGUGUCACUUUGCCAAAUAUACUAGUACUUUAUUAAUGAGUUCUAAAGCGAAAGUGCAAUUCAAGACAUCUAUAAAGUAAGUGUGUUUAGAACACACUGUGUAAUGGUUAUGUAAAUGUUACUGAUGAUUAGUGUUCCAUUUAUAUAGAGUUUUACUUGCAGAAUGUGCUUUUUAUGAUUGGCAGUAAAUAUAUGAGUUAUAUAAUGAAUAUUUUAGAACCAAACUUUUAUAAUCAUAAUAUUCAGUGAAAUGUCAAUAUGUUAUCAUUUACCUAGUCAUGUUUUAAGGUCAGUAAAACCAUCUCUGCCAUAUAACAUUUUAGCCUGUUCUCAAAACCAAGGCAUGCCCUUGGUUUCAGGGAUAAAGCUGCUGCCCCUUACUGGAGCCGUAAAACAUGGGUAAUUGUAAAGUGCCACAAGGGUAUGCUGUAAAUCUAGUCAUUCUCGAUAGAUACCAACCUACUUACCAAGGCCAUAUGUUCAUGGCUUACUGCUGGUCAUUACUUAACUACUUACUACAUGGUGAAAUAUUUAAUCUAUUUCAUAUUUGUAGAUAGCAUGACUUUUUUUUAACUUUGGAAUGGUUGUGAUUCUGGACACCAUUUUAACCAUCAUCUCACUUUUGAGUAGAAUUAAGACUAAACACUUGUAGUUAUGUAUAUUCUAAAUAGGUGGUGAUAAACUUCAAAGAUUAUUAAUUUAUUAAAUAUCUGUUGCACACAGUCCCUCCUGAAGUUCAUGUUGUGGACCAAAGUUAUUUAUUGCAGUAAUGUACACGUACACAACUUUGGCUGCAAAAAGAUAGCCUCCCCUCCUGUGGCAUUGCUUUGUGAAAAAUACACUUUCUAACUUGCCUUUUUUUCUGGCAAUAUGAUAUUGUUUCAUGUGUAUUCUAUUUUCUUACACAAUCCUGGAACUUUGUCCACUUUUUGCUGUGAUAUUCAGCUCAAGGGUGAAGCAUUAGUAAUUGGAUGGUGAGGUCAAAAGCCCUGCAAUCCCAUCAUAUUAAGGGCCAGCCAUCACUGACGUGCCAGAAGUCGUCAGUCAAUGACAUCGUCAUUGACUGAGGUCAUAAAGUCAAGAAUACAAAUUAGAGUAACACAGUUGUUCCAUGGCAGUUGGCAUCAAACACGCAUUUUUAAAGAUUUAUCAGUGAAGUAAAAGACCAUAACAAAUGAUAACUAAAAUUUGAUAAUCUGGAAAUGCAUGUUACUGUGGCAACAGAUGAACAGUUUCUAUGAUAUACAAUUUUAUUACUUAUUUUGUGUUGAAAUGUUGUACACGUUAUUUGCUGCUGCCAUGUAAUGAUGAGUAAAUAAAAUUUAUACGUUAUGCCUUAAGUAGUAUCAUACUGAAAGAAUAUUACCGCAGGCACAAAACAGAAUUUUAGUGGGCACAAGAUAGUACAUUUAUUUUCGUUCACACUAAAAAAAAAAACAGCUCUUGGCAACCACUCAUUACGUGUUUUUAUGUUUGUUUGUUUGUUUGUUUUUACUUGCGGACCAACCGCGAUUUCAUGUUUCCUGGUGUGGGGCGGCGGGGCACGAACCCUGAGUCACGGACAGCCGGGGCGCCAAGGCAGCCUACGCAUCGCGGCACUCGCUAAACCACCACCUCGCGCAAAGAAAACAAUGGAAUAGUGUCUGUUCAGUAGUCAUGCGUUCACCAUAAUCUGCAGGGCGUAAUUUGUUGAGGCCUCCAGUGGCAAGUCUCCACAGCAAUUCCUUGAUAUUUUCGGAGCUUCGCGUCCACUCAGGGGCGCGGCACGGCAGGCAGGGAGGGCAGUGUGCACGCGGCGGGCCGGGGAGUAGUACGUACGGGAUGUGACUGUGGCCUUGAAACUUUUUCUUUUCGAGAAUUAUAAGAUGUUGGUGAGCUUUUUCUAAGCAAGCAAAAUUACAAUUCAAGAGUCACGUGUCCGAAAUGUGAAAAGCUUUACCACCACAAUCGUGAAGGGAAGCCAGUCUGGGUGUGCCGAACUGAGAGGGCUGGGCGUGUCACCCUCAAGGGUUCGCUCGGCCGUGGCAGGGAAAGCUUCCUAAGUAAGUAGUAUGUUAUUCAAGGUUUUUCUUUGCUCAGUUAUGCAAAAACGAUUCUGUUCAAAAAAAAAAAAAAAAACUUUGGGGAUUAUUCACGAGAGGAUGCGGUAGUCAGCUAAUUUCGAGAUGCUGAUUGCUUAUUUUUGGACAAUAUGAUGUUGUGUAUCAUGGAGAAAGCUGUUUUUUCGGAAAUCACUAAAUGAUUGACUUUUCAAUACCUGUUGUGCACACGAAGCUGCAGUCGCAAAAUAGCUCGCAGAGAGGUUCAAUUUGCCCACUGUUUCCAUAUAUAGUUUACUCACCGCUCGCCAAGAUCACAAGAACGUUUUCCUUAGAGUGACUACUCUUGCAGGGAGUUCUCCUUAAAGGUGGCCACACUCUACUGGAGAAGUUCCCUUCUUUUCUCGGGAAAAAUCUCAUCCUUUAAGAGGUUGAAUAUUACUAUAGAAUGACACCCAACUCACCCGAGUGACACUGUUUUGGUGGAUUUUAACAUCAUUCCUGAUAACUUGUCACAAACUACUAGUUUCUGAUAUUUUAAGAACUAAUUUAGUAUCAUUGAGCAACAAUACUAGCGGCAACUAUUCCUUUCUUUUUGGUAAUUGUGGAGAUUGACUCUGCGCCUCCAAAAAUACGAUAUUACGCCUCCAUAUUAUAGUUAAAGGACGAAAUACAUGCCCCUCAACCAUAGAGUAGUGUGUAAUGUUUUGUCAGAAAACAUAUGCUAUGGUAAUAAUUGCAGUUGGUCCUUCAGUAAAAAUUGACCCAUGUUAUUACAAAUGUAAAAAUAUUUCCUUUUGUUUGGAGCCAAGUUUAAAUGUCAAGCCUACUGUCUCAUCCAGAAUAUAUACUGUACCACAAACUAUGCAUUGGCCCCUAUGUUAGUGGGCCUCAUGGUUUGUAUCCCUGACUAAGUGACGGAUUGCCUGGCAUGUAUCAACUGUUGGGUAAAAAUGUAUUCUGAACUAAUGCUGAUGGGAAAUCUAGCCCUUGAAAGUGAUUCCAAUUUUAGACAUAGUAUUAAUGCUUAUAAAUUGUUGUAAUGUGCAUAUGAAUAAAGAUUCCAUAUACA